ACUAUUUAAGUUUGUUUUAGAAUUGUGGUAACACACUGAUUGUUUGGAGACGUUUUAACCUUCUCCUGGGUGUAACACAAGUUGGUUGCAAUGGCUCUCCCUAUUACUCGACAGCGAGCUCAAAAACUGACUGCCAUGGCAAAACCUGUUGUAGGCCCAAUCAGGUCCUUGAGGUCAAGGCAGGUGUUUGGCGUUCUUGCCACUAAUGCAGUGUCAAGGCCAGCCUUUAAAGAUGUGAAACCAGCAUCUGUGAAGGCAGAAUGUAAGCCCACCCAAUUUCGCAACCAUCCUGUCCCAAAGCCUGAAGCAAAGGUUGUGUCUGUCCCAGCAUGCCCUGUGCCCAUGGAGAUUGAUUGUGCUCCAUCAGAUGACCUGUGCCAGGCCUUUUCAGAUACUCUGAUUGAGGACAUCGAUGACGUGGAUGCAGAUGACCAUAGCAAUCCCACACUUUGCAGUGAAUAUGUCAAGGAUAUUUACAAAUAUCUACAGCAGCUUGAGUCUGACCAGGCAGUCAGGCCAAGAUAUCUUGAUGGCCAGGAAGUAACGGGAAGCAUGCGCGCCAUCCUUAUUAACUGGCUUGUUCAGGUCCAUAUCAAAUUUCAAAUGCUGCAGGAGACCAUGUAUAUGACCGUGACAAUUAUCGACCGCUUUCUUCAGGACAACCCAGUACCAAAAAAGCGUCUCCAACUUGUUGGUGUGACUGCCAUGUUUAUCGCCUCUAAGUAUGAGGAGAUGUAUCCCCCUGAGAUCACAGAUUUGGUGUUUGUGACUGACUCGGCUUACAGUGCCGCUCAAAUCAGACAUAUGGAGAUGGAGAUCCUGAGGGCCCUCGAUUUCAGCAUUGGACGCCCACAGCCCCUUCAGUUUCUCAGAAGAGCUUCAAAGAUUGGGAAUGUCACUGCUGAGCACCACGCCCUUGCUAAGUACCUAAUGGAGCUCACCAUGCUGGACUACGAUAUGGUCCACUUUCCACCUUCUCAGGUGGCGAGUGCAGCCUUCGCCCUUACACUCAAACUAUACAGCUGUGGAGAAUGGACUCCCACACUGCAACACUAUAUGGGCUAUGCAGAGGGCCGCCUUGUUCCAGUCAUGAGGCACAUUGCCAAGAAUGUUGUCGCUGUGAAUAAAGGGCUCACAAAGCAUUUGGCAGUGAAGACAAAGUAUUCAAGCCAUAAGUUGAUGAGGGCUGCCCUCAUUUCACAGCUGAAUUGUUCUCUUAUUAAGGACCUUGCACAAGAAAUCUAGAGUUGACUUGUGGCUGUCCAAAAAGCACCCUUUUUAGUUGUUCCGCAUGCCUUCACCAGAGACCUUUGAAGGCCCUGAAGCUUUUGGUGGUGAACAUCCAGGCACUAGCCAGAAGCAGUUUUAAAUUGCUCUUCAUUCUGUUAAGGACUCUUCAAAUGCCAACUUUUAAUGAUGCAUCAUGAUGUUUUAACUUGUGCUCUACACCAAAUGCAUUUGCACUUACAUUUUGAAUUGUGUACAUACUAUGCAGUGUCAUUUUUAAUAAAGCUUUUAUACUAAAA